GCGAGGAAGACGAGGAGAAACUUUUCCAGCUACCGGUUGCCGUCGGAUGUUUAUUUUUUUACCCAACUGCGUCGCGUUGUUCUACUUCGACGUUAUUAUUCGCCCAGCGUCGCCGUGGUUCGAGUGAGACUUCGCCGUCUUCCGCGUGAGGCUAACUAUCGCGUUUAGAGCCGCGAACGGGGCGCUCGCGGAGUGAAGUUUAAAAUACACCGCAAAGUUUAGUUGUCCGCGGAGACGACGACGACGGAGACGAGCUAUGACCAACCGGGAGGACGAGUACGACUACCUCUUCAAAGUGGUGCUGAUCGGGGAUUCAGGCGUCGGGAAGAGCAACCUGCUGUCCCGCUUCACCCGGAAUGAGUUCAACCUGGAGAGCAAGAGCACCAUCGGGGUGGAGUUUGCCACGCGCAGCAUCCAGGUGGAGGGCAAGACCGUCAAGGCUCAGAUCUGGGACACGGCCGGGCAGGAGCGGUACCGGGCCAUCACCUCGGCCUACUACCGCGGAGCAGUCGGCGCCCUCUUGGUCUACGACAUCGCCAAGCACCUGACGUACGAAAACGCCGAGCGCUGGCUGAAGGAGCUGCAGGACCACGCGGACAGCAACAUCGUCAUCAUGCUGGUGGGCAACAAAAGUGAUCUCCGUCACCUGAGGGCGGUGCCAACAGACGAGGCCAAGGCCUUGGCAGAGAAGCACGGCUUGUCUUUCCUGGAGACGUCGGCGUUGGACUCCUCUAAUGUGGAGCUGGCUUUCCAGACUAUUCUUACAGCCAUCUACAACAUCGUGUCCCAGAGGCAGAUAUCCGGGCGGACCGACUCCGACUUCUCACCGGCGUCCAACGUGGUGCCCAUCACGGUCGAGCCCACCCAGAACUCGGCCAAUAAGGGCGUCUGCUGCCAGAACAACUGAGGCCUCAGAACUCUCCUCCUCCUCCUCCUUCAUCUCCCCAGGCAAUCGGAGAAACAACCAGAUAGACCGACAGGUGGACAGGGAGAAUGAAGAGACAGGUAGAGAUCACCAUUUCACACGCGCAAGGACAUCAGAGUUAUCGUCUUGUCUUGUUCCGACGCUGUGAUGCAGUUUGAAGAGGGAGCAGAGAAGGAGGGAGAGGAGUUUAGACGGGGGGGGGGGUUAGUACCAAUGGGUGUGAUGCAACCGACCCGAUGCAUUAAAGCCUUUGGAACACGGUACACGAUCAGAACUGAUUCAGUCUAAUGAAAUAAUGUCACGCAUUGUGAGGUCCCCUGUUUUUGUAUCAUCAUAAUUUCUGUCUUUAAAAAACAAACACAUCCUCCCUUUUUUGUAAGCUCUUCUUUUUUCUUUCUUUUUUACAAGCCAGUAAACGCCUUCUCUCACUUUCACACUUCAGUAUAUCGGGCAAUAAAAAUCCACAAACACCGGACCGCAACCCGUCGGCGUCGCAGUCAUUCCCGUUUUUCCUUUUUCUUCUUUUUUAAAAAUGUUUAAUAUCGAGAAAAUAAUGUCCCGUACAAUAUUUAUUGAACACUAGAUUUUUGGUCUUCUCUGGCCGUUGUUUUGUGAUUCAACACUAUUUUGGUUUAGAUUCUUCCACCCUGAAGGGACCUCUCUCUCUUCUUGACGCCCGCUAUCUUCAAGGCUCCUUUUUCUUCUUCUUUCCUGAAAUGCAAACGCUGGAAUUCCGUCCGCUCGGCGCGGCGACGCCCCCCUCUCCUCUCUCCCGGUGACCCGUCGCUGCUCUCUGAUUUGCUUUUGAUCUUCGUCUGGACGGCCUUCGCUCCUGCAGCUACACCCCAUCGCAUUUAAGAGUUACCGCACGAGUGAAAGGGUUAACCGGCCAGCAUCCUCUCUCCCGAUGGCCGUCUCACCCCCUGCCCCGAACCUGUGAGGGAGCGAUCGGGGGGGAUUGGGUUUGGAUGCAUGGACGACCCCGUGCUGCUGCUGCUGCUGCCCGCUUGCUGGGAUAAAUGGAUGGCUAAUGUUUCAGGGGGAUGAGUUGGCGAGGGCGCUCGGCCCCGCCCUGCCGCCGUGGUCUCUGAUGUACCCGAGAUGGCUUGUUUGACUGUAAGUGAAAUCCUCCACUAGCCCCUCCCUCUCUCUCCCUCUCUCUCUCUCCACUGUAUGUAACUGGAACAGGAUUCUGCCUUCUGGGAUCUCCCCGAGGUCUGCCCUCACUCGGCUGCAUUUCCUGUGUGGGGUGGGUGAGGGUUGUUUUCGAGGGGGCAAGAUUUGGGUUUGUUAGUAUCUAAUAGUUUAAUAGAUCGAGGAGAAAGGACGGUAGCUAAAUUAAAUCCAAAGGUUGCGCACGCGGCCGGUGUUUCUCCCGGUUCUGUGUUUCCACGUCGACACGGCCGACUUCACAGGUCUUAAACUGGGCGCUGUAGGUUAGGGCUUCUUAAAACAUUUAUUCUCAUAUGUAUAUUUGGACUGCAUAUGUAUAAAUAAAUGUCAUUUGUUAUAGCCUGCCUCUUCUCAUGUCUCUAAGAUGUUUUUUAAAUAAAGGCUGCAGGUGAAUGAA